UUGUUGAGGCUGGGAAGCCAUUUUGGGUUUCUGCAGUGUGGAAUAGAAAGAAUGUGCUGUCAACUCUCAAACUUCCUUUGAAUUUCUGGACUGAAGAUUGCCCGACCUUGGAGUGCGGUGCUGCACUGAAGGGACCGACCUUCCUGGCUUCCUUCUCUCCUUCCUGUGUGGGGGCCGGGCAGUGCUGGAUUUGGAAAAUAUCUGGGUUUGAAGGUGUACUGCUGCCGCUGCCGAUUCCUGUUCCCCUGGGUCACAGUAUGAUUUGAAACAGUGGACAUGGAUUAUUCACAUCUUCACACGUAUACCCCUCCCCACUGUGUGCCAGAGAACACUGGCUAUACUUAUGCACUCAGUUCCAGUUACUCAUCAACUGCUCUGGAUUUUGAGACUGAACACAAAUUGGACCCAGUGUUUGACUCGCCAAGAAUGUCAAGGCGCAGCUUACGCUUAUCUGCUACAGCGUAUGGCACGGCACUGGACACCCACAAGGAGAGCAGCUUCAGCAGCGGUUCCUAUUCUGGGAAGAAGGCUUUUGCAGAUCAGUUGCCUAGAAUUACAAAACAACACAAAAGUUUCAUCAAACAGUCUGGCUCUGUGCAACGCACCCCAAGGAAAAAUGUGCCCAGCUCUUCCUUCUUGAGCCACAGUAGUUUCAGUAGCCACACAAGCGAUGCUUCCUUGAUGUCCACCAUAUUGGAUGAGUCUUCAAUACAGGAGCAGACAGCUGUUGAUCAUUUCUGGGGUCUGGAUGAUGAUGGUGAUCUCAAAGCAGGUGGAGACACGACAGCGAUGCAGGCCAACGGUGACAUAGCAACAGCUGAAAGCCAGGCCGCCCUGAGCAAUGGCUACACCUGCCAUGACUGCAGCAUGCUUUCUGAGCGGAAGGAGGUCCUCACCGCACACUCCGCUCCUCGCAUGCCGGCCUCCAGAAUUUACUCCAGGGAUCGAAGCCAAAAACACAAAGCCAGGGGCCUCCCUUUCUACACGAAUCAGGUUCUGCAAGCGGCCAAGUAUACCGCGACAUCUUUUACGUCCCUCUUAGUUCAGCUUUUCCAAAUGAUUUUGCUGAAGCUGGGCUAUGAUUACGAAGCUCACUCCAAUUAUUGUGGGAGUAUGAAUGUAAAAGAAUUUCUCAGGGAAGAUGGCCACCUGGGCAUGAAUGGGGAAUCCUUGUGUGAUGACUGUAAGGGGAAGAAACACCUCGAAACACACACAGCAGCCCGCAUGCAAUCCUCCAGGUCCUACAGAGUAGCAAGGACCAUUUGGCACAUCUUUUCUUACGCAGGUUACUUUUUGCUUCAUACUUUGCAAAGAAUAGGAGCAGCAGGAUGGUUUGUGUCCAGGAAGGUUUUAUUGCUCCUUUGGCUGGCUGUGGUAUCUCCAGGGAAGGCAGCUGCAGGAGUGUUUUGGUGGCUUGGAACUGGAUGGUAUCAGUUUGUGACCCUGGUCUCUUUACUGAAUGUAUUUCUUCUUACAAGAUGCCUUCCAAAGAUGUUCAGGUUGUUGUUGUGUCUCCUUCCACUAUUGUUGCUGUUGGGUUUAUGGCAUUGGGGCUCGGAAGGUUUCCUUUCCUUAUUGCCAGCUCUGAAUUGGACAAGUAUGCAAAGCAUACCCAGAAUGUACAGGUGGGAAGACUCUGCAAAGGACAUUGAGCCUCGGCCUGAUUCACCUCAUGCUUUUCAGCAUGCAGAUGAAACCACAAAGUUCUUUGACUCGAGUCGUAUGAGGGAGCUGGAAGAGCAGAUGGCCUUCAUGUCUGAGAGGUGGCAUCAUCGGGAUGAAGAAUAUGGCAAAAUGCUGCUCCUGCUGCAGAAUUUCCAGGAUCAGGUCACCCAGAUGAACGAUAAAAGUGAAAUGUUGAUGCUUAUAAAAAACGUCGUGGCCCAGCAUAUUAGCGGAAGGAAACCUGAUGAAACAACACACACCACGCAUGACUUUUUGGCCUUGCAUCAAGAACACGAAUGGCGCAUUGCAGUUUUAGAAGAUCUCCUUGCAAAACUUUCUGAAAAAUCAGAGGGCAUCCAAAAGGAACUUGAUCUUACCAAAGCAAGAACAAUGAGUGACAGCGAUGAACAAAACCAGCACCUCUUCUCCAAGAUCAAACGUCUAGAACUGGAGUUGUCGCAGAUGAAAUUGGAACUGCUCAGUCUGCAGGGAGUGAAAACCAGCUGUGACAGAAUAGACACCCUUCACGAAAAGGUAGAUGCCCAGGUUAGAGAAUCGGUCAGGUUCAUGUUUUAUGGCAACCAGCAACAAGAGUUGCCGGAAUCGCUGCUUCAGUGGCUGACCUCCAGGUUUGUGAGCAAAAGUGACUUGCAGGCUCUGCUGCGAGACUUGGAGCUGCGCAUCCUCAGGAACAUCACUCUGCACAUGUCCGCCACCCAUUCAAGGCCGACUGCAGCAGCCGUGACGAGCAUUGUGAACGGGUCUGGGCUUGCAGGGAUCACCGAGGCGCAAGCACACGUUAUCGUCAACAAUGCACUGAAGCUCUAUUCUCAAGACAGGACUGGCAUGGUGGACUUCGCUUUGGAAUCUGGAGGUGGCAGCAUUUUGAGUACUCGCUGCUCAGAGACGUAUGAAACCAAAACCGCCCUAAUGAGUCUCUUUGGGAUUCCUCUGUGGUACUUCUCUCAGUCUCCUCGGGUCGUGAUCCAGCCUGAUAUGUAUCCUGGGAACUGCUGGGCUUUCAAGGGGUCACAGGGAUACCUUGUCGUAAGGCUUUCCAUGAUGAUCUACCCUACAACGUUCAGUCUGGAACAUAUACCAAAAACACUUUCACCAACAGGCAACAUUACCAGUGCUCCAAAGGAUUUUUCAGUAUACGGUCUUGAAGACGAAUAUCAGGAAGAGGGUGUGCUUCUAGGGCAAUAUACCUAUGACCAAGAUGGAGAGCCACUACAGAUGUUCCAAGUAAUGGAGGCAACUGAGAAAACAUUCCAGAUAGUGGAACUGAGGAUUUCUUCUAACUGGGGCCAUACAGAGUACACGUGCCUCUACCGGUUCAGAGUGCACGGGAGACCUGCUGGAUGAACGCGUCGGAUGCUUCUCCUUGUACAUUUUUCUGUCUAUAUGUAUAUAAAGGGAAAGCCUGGGACACUGGAAUCCUCCAAAGGGGAGGAGAGGUGCCGUGCUGCAGGUUCCAUAUUCCUCCUCAGCUCAGUGUAGACAACUGCCAACAGAACCGUAUACCAAACCUAAAGGGUAGUUGCACUGUUUGUGACUACCAGACAGCUUUAUAUUUUUUCAUGUGUUCAUUCUGAGAGAAAUAUUGCAUGCCAACCACCCUCAUUUGCAAACCCCAGUUAGCAAGCAGGUAAAAUACCUAUUUUAUCACUUCAGAGUAUAAAGUUUUUAAUUUUUUUUUCUUUUUUGGCAGCUAGGAAUCUGUUGUUUUCAAUGUUGGGGCUACUCACUUCUGUUAACCUGAGAUUUUUAAAAAGGACUCUGGGUGCAAUCAUUCACACUCUGCAGUUGUGCAGUUUCCAGUCAUUUCAACUGGCUUUGCAUGAGGUUCCAGUGCAAGUGCUGUUUGAAAUGAAAGGAGACUUGUGUGGCACCAGAGACUGGCUGCAUUGCUUCUUCUGACGCAUUCUGACCACACUCUCUCAGUCCCGAAACUACACUACAUAUUAAGAGCACCGAAAGCAAUUAAAACACAAGACCUAUGACAAAGCUAGGAAUGAAACAAAAAGCCUGGUUAUAAAUAAGCAUCACAAUUUUAAGCCUUUUAAAAAAUAAAAUCUUCCCCUCUUGAGCAAGUUGAUGGUCAUAGUAACAAAGAGUGAUUGAAUGAGUCGGUAUGUUGCUUUGUAGGUGAGGUGCAAAUGUGGUCAAAUCGAAGGAUAGCUUGCAUAGAAGGGAAGAGGAAGAAGCGGUCACUUGGACAGGAUUGCAUGGCAAAGGCUCACAUGACUAGGUGCUCUGUGGUGGGUGAGAUGUGAGCAAGAAAGAUAGACAUGGAAGCAGACUUGGAGAGCUUGUGCCACAAAUACUCAACUUGGGAUGAAGCGAUUCCUAAGCGAGGUCCAUGCCUGGGGCUCAUUCGCACAUUGUGUUGGUCCAGUUUACCUUCCCAAAGUCUUUUUGCUGCUAACUCUGGAAAGCAGGGGAAACCUCACAAAUCUGAAUGUGUAGAAAAAGACAUCAUAGGCAUGAUUUUGACAUCAGUCUUCCACAAACAUUGGUAUCUUUAAAAAUCAACAACUAGGUUGUGAAACGCAGCUAAAGUUCCACUAGAACGCCUAUGGAAUAAGGAACUUUCCUUUUCUGUGGACUACUGUUCACAGGUUGGCAACCUGGAAUCUGUUUGGAUUCAAUUUGGAAAUAUAAUUUGAAAGUCCCUUAGGGGAAAGACUUCUUAAAUUGACAGCGCAUAGAAUUUUUUACUUUACUCAUGACCUGCUUUUUGGGGAAAUCAACUUAUAAUAGUUUGUUUGUGUUCUUUUUAGAAAGGUGAGAUGGCGCGAACUGGUUUUCUUAAUAGAGUUUAUGUAUGUUGCACAAGAGUCCUGAAAUAUUUAUUUAAAAGAAUUUUAUCUCCAGAAGAAGACUGUUCAGUUGCAAAUUGAACCAAUGGUGUGGUGGGAAGAGCUUGCUAAAACAUGUACAGGUGUUUCAUAUACUGUAGCUUAAAUAUAUAAAUCAGAAUUAUCCUGUAUAGAACCUAAAUUGAGAAGCUGAAGGGGUGGGGAAUAUUUUGAAUAACACUAACUUAUUUUUAAACAAGCGAGAUAGGACUUUGUGCAAUGUAUUUUUGUAAAUGCUUUUUCAAAAUAUUUGUCUCUGGUAUCCUUUGCUGCCUCCAAACUGACAAGAAGCUAUUGAAAAAUGUUUAAGAGUUUUAAUUUUUGAAAGUGCAUGUAAUAUUUGGAACUAAGUAAUAAAGGUUUUUUUUCCUUUUUGGUA